AUGAGGCGACUCAUCCCUUGCGCAGGACGCUCCACAGAAGACGUAGGGCCUCUAAAUGAAGAUUGUGUCCCUGUCGUCUCUACCGAUGCGCUGGUGGAGCCUCAAUACAGAGACACACGAACAAUAAUAUAUCUAUGGGGUCGUCGUCUAUUAAGAGGGGAGGGAGAGGGAGACUGUGUAGGAGACGGUACAGGUUGCAGCGCAUGCAGCCCCAAAGAAUUAGAUUUAUUGAAUACAGUAGAGGGUCUGCAUGCACCACUAGGAUCAGCAGGAGGAGGAGGAGCAGGAGGAGGAGGAGGAGGACGUGUCUCCUCCCCUGUAUGCAGACGUAUUGCUGCUAAGGGGGGACUGUCCCUUUGUCUCCUAUUAGGGGGACAGUUACUAGGUUGGGGACAAUUAAUGCAUGCAGGCUUCUCUCUUCUUCCUCGUCUCCUUUAUCAGUUCCCUAUACACCAUAAAGUUGUACAAUUAGCUAUAGGCACUGCUGUUAUAUUAGCAUUAACAGAGAAGGGACAAGUAUUGGCUUGGGGAGAUGGUACAUACGGAGAGUUGGCUGGUGGUACCCCUGACUACCCAUUAACAGGACUAGGAGGAUUUAUACAAUUAAGUCUUAAGGAUUCAUUAGGAGACAGUCUCCCUGCAAUAAUAAGUGUCUCCUCUGGUGGUCGUCAUGUCUUACUACUAACAGAGGACAGGAGACUCUGGGCAUUUGGAGACAAUUCAUCAGGACAAUGUGGUGUACCUAAUGUACAAACUAAGUGUCUUACCCCUAAGGGUUUUGUGAGGGUUUUAUCUAGUAGCGCAAACCAUCAAUUAUAUUUAUGGGGACAUUCAGCAGAUCAUAAGUUAAUAUUUACUGCAGCAACAGAAGCAAUUGUUGGAGGAGAGAGACAACCAGGUGUUGCUCUUAAAUCAGGACUUAAAAGUGCAUGCUGCAGGCCCCGUUUAAUAUACUCUAUGUUACAUGAGAAGGUAUCUGUCUUAGCCCUUGGUCGUGAUUAUACAUUAGUAGUUACAGGGGAUGGUGGCUCCCCUCCUCCUUCCUCUGUGCUGCAGAGCAGCAGCAGCAGCAGCAGCAACAGCAGCAGCAGCAGCAGCAACAAGUCGGAUGAUGAGUGUAGCUCUAAUAACAGCUGGGGCCCCUCACCCCACAUACUCACUGCAGCAGACUUUAAGCCUAAUGAUGCCCAACCAACAGGGGGGGCCCCCAGAGAAGGGGGCCCCAUAGGGGGGCCCCCUACAAGAGGAGUUGGGGGCCCCACUGGGGGGAACCCCAUAGGGGGAGGACCCACAGAAGGGGGCCCCACAGGGGGGGCCCCCAACCUAGAUACAACCGACAAUGAUGAGAAAAGGGGGGAAGGGUCCCCCAAGUAUUUUGUAGCUGGAGAGAGUAGCAGGGGCCCCCAAGAGGGUACUUACAGUGGGGGGCCCCAUGAGGGUACGAGUAGUGGGGGCCCCACCCCACCACCCCCUACAAACAUGGAUAAGAGGGCCCCCCAAGAGGGUACUGUUGAGGGGGCCCCCCAGCAGCUUGGUAACUCGUUAAGACUUGAUGAUACAUCCCAUUCAACAGCAGCAGCAGAAGGCCUGCAGCAGGGAUCCGAGGGCCCUGCUGCAGCAGCAGCAGCAGCACCUGCUGCUGCUCCUGCUACAGACCCGCUUGCUCCUUUUUCUCCUUCUGCAUCGAUAUGGGGACAGAAUGGAGGAAUAUAA